CGCGAAGCGCUCGACGGCGAGACUUUGCGGCCUUACUUAGGGGAUUUUUUUCCAGUUUCGAAGGGAAAGCCGUUCGUUAAGGGCUUUGGGAACUCAGUCAGUACAUUAUCUGUGAGAGUGAUAAUUCAAUUUUGAAAGCCAAGUGCUUCUUUCGUCUGUCGAGUUGACCACUUGCAUCGUACCUAAUGGAACCUACACGUUGGUCCCUCGUUCCAUUUUAACUGGAGGCAGCUUUUCCUUUUCAAGGUGGAACUUGCACCAACCAUCUGAUUUCAAACAUGAUCUUUGGAUGGAGAGAGGAUAAUGACUUCGUUCGUCAUCUACUCAAUUCCACGCAGAGUAAGAUGUACAUGGACCAAGUGGACUGGACAUCAGUGGCUCAUCUACGGAACGAUUCGGCUUUGGACAAUACGCCCAUUGGCUUGGUGGCGAUGACUCACAAAAACUUCACCAAUAUCAUCGACUCCGUUCUGGCUCGCAAUCCAAAUACGACAUUUCAUUACUUCGAGGAAACCAUCGCGGAUAUGAAAGAAAAACUCAAUUAUCAUCAACAGCCAUGUCCGAACUCAUCAGGAGCCACAUUGGAAGAGCAGUCCGUGGCUCUUUCGAUUGAGUUCAUCUUCGGAGUAAUCCUCCAAGCUAUGGUGGGCGGGUUUGGCGUGGUGGGCAACAUUUGUGCCAUUUCAGUGAUCCUCAAAAGUAGCAAACUGAGGAGCGUCUUCAAUUAUAUUUUGGUGUGCAGCCUUCUCAUUCACACAAGCUUCAUUUUGUCGGCCCUGACCAUCGAAGUCUACAAAAAAGUGGGCGGAAAGACCUUUGGUGAGAUCUUCUGUCACUUCUUGUACGCGUUUCGACCCAUGCUUCUGCACUCAUCCACGUUUCUGACCGUCUUGAUGGCUCGAGAAAGGCUGCGAGCAAUUCAAGACCCUGUAUCCUAUAGGAAUGACUGCUUGUCUCGAAGUGAAUGGGUCAAGCCAAUUGUCUAUUCUAUCAACAGUCUUAUAGUGGCUGGGAUAUUCGUGAUUCCCUUGUUUUGGGAAUCCAAAGUGGAAGUGGUCAGAGCAAUUCGACAUGUGUCUUGGAACGCCACUCAUGACGUCGAGGAAUCAUCAAUCGGGUACCAAAUUGCCGUCACUCCUUUCCGCAUGGAUCAUCGUUACAUUUUGUGGUACAAGAACAUUGCCACCUUCUUGGUAACUCUGUUCGUCCCUCUAACCUUGCUCAUCUACUAUAAUGUGAAUACGUAUUUGGGGAUCCGGGCGCGGAGCCUCAGAAGGGUGACCACUGUCAACAACGAGAUCAUAAAGCGCGAGGAGGAGUUCAAGGCCCGGAUUCUUUUUGUAAUCAUCAUCAUAUUCUUCUUGUGCAAUAGCCUACGGUUUGUCAUUAACUUCGAGGAGUGUUUGGCUCAACGAGAUUACAACUAAGCCGAGAAGCACAAUUGUCACAUUCAUCCGUUCUGGUCCGUGGUGAUGAACCACUGUUCCCAAUUCCUUAUCACGGUGAAUGCCAGCCUGGGCUUUGUGAUCUAUUGUUUCAUGUCCAAUGAUUUUCGAAUGGCUUUCAGGCAAGUCGUGGCCAAAGACACUCAGAGUGAGACCUCGCACACGUUGCAAGACGAGUGUCAAAUGUGACAGUCAUUCCCUCCCCUCCCCACACACUCACACACACACCUUGGUAGUGAUGUGAUCUAAAAGCUAAACCAAAUCCUCGAUUCUUCAGGGAUCUUUUUCAACAAGCAGUCCCAAAGGAGCUUCGCCGGAAAGUUUUCCCUUUAAGCUCAGGGGCGAGAAUUCAAAAGAAGAGUAAAAUCUAGAAAAAAUAUUGAUCUAUUCUACUAUAUCACAAAAUUUUAUCAAAUCGUAGUCUUUCCACGUAUAUUUUGAUGUAACUCAGUUGAAGCUAUUUGUACCUAUGUCAGACGAUCAUCUGGUCCUAUUCUCGCUAAAUAAACUU